AUCUGUUCUCAAGGAAUCUGAAUGAAAGCUCGAUGGUUCUUGAAAGUUGUGUGCUUUUCCGGGUUAUUUAUUUGUAUUUAUGUAUUUAUUCCAUCAUCCACAAUAAAUCCUCAGAAAAUCCAUGUAGGACAAUCCACUAUCCAGAAUCUAUGAAAUUCCUACACGUGUCAAAAAUACAACCUUGAGUUGGGUCUCGGCUGUUUUCUGGCCUUAAUCUCUCAAAAGCCUUCUGGUUUGCAAACAAUGUGAAGUUUAUAGAACGAACCAAGCAAAGGUUCUAAAAUGGCGGCGGCCAUGGCUGUUUCUUCUUCAAAAUCCAUGGUUCUGCAGAGCCCAAAGACUUUCAGAGAAAUAAGUUCAAGUUUUCUUGGUGAGCCCCUGAGGGUAAAGGGUCUUUCUUUGCAUCUGAAACCUCGGAGCAAAAAGAGAGACAUUGCGAGCUUGGUAAUUGCUUCGGCUGGUGCCACCGUGGCCACCAGUGGCCGCGGUGGCGGCAGGUUUUACCUCAACUUCACUGGCUUUCCUUUCCCUCUUGGCCCUUUCCUCAACAGGCGCACCACUAGGACUGAGGCUGUGAAAGGCUGCAUAUGGCUGUUUGAACAAGAGCAGGCAUUAGGCUUCAGCAGUGUCUCAACAAACAUUCGGAUGACAGUUAUCAAACUAAAAUCGGGAGGAUUAUGGGUCCAUGCUCCCAUUGCUCCUACAAAAGAGUGCAUCCAGCUUUUGAAGGAACUGGGGGCCCCAGUAGAAUACAUUGUCCUGCCCACAUUUGCUUAUGAGCAUAAAAUUUUUGUUGGUCCAUUUUCUAGGAAGUUUCCUCAGGCUCAGGUGUGGGUGGCACCAAGGCAGUGGAGUUGGCCCUUGAAUUUGCCGCUUGAGUUUUUUGGAAUUUUUCGUUCUAAAACCUUGAAAGAUGGAGACUUAUUAACCCCAUGGGCUGAUGAGAUUGAACAAAAAGUUUUAAGCUCGCCAGAAGUUGGAAUUGGACCAUAUGUUGAGGUUGCUUUCUAUCACAAGCGUUCAAGAACCCUUCUGGUUACAGAUGCUGUGAUUUUUGUCCCAAGAAAACCACCAGAAUGUAUUAGCAAAGAGUCCCUUUUGGCAUCAGCAAAAAAUGGGUUGGCAGUGAAAAUCCUUAGUAAAGGAAAAGAAGUCCCAGACGAACCAGUUGUUGACAACAACAUGAACCGUCAAAAAGGGUGGGAGAGAAUGGUUCUACAGAUACUGUUCCUUGGUCCAUCAAAUCUGUUGGAACCUAAUGCUAGUUUUGCUCAGAUGUCCCAAAAGCUGAUUGUUUCUCCUAUUGUAAAAACAUUGGUCUUCAGCAAAGUUCCUGAGAAGGUUCGGGAUUGGAUUGGUGACAUUGCAAGAGACUGGAAAUUCAGGAGGAUAAUCCCAGCUCAUUUUGCAGCUCCAAUCAACGCGGGAAGAUCAGAAUUUUUAGCUGCAUUUGCAUUUCUUGAUGACCACUUGGGUGAGCGUUAUGUUACCCGGCCUUCACUCUCUCUUCUCUUCACAUCACUCAUGGGAAAGGCAGCCAGCUACUUCCCACCUGAUGACAUGAGGACCUUAUCAUCCCUGGAUGAAUUCCUAGUCUCGGUUGGAGUUGUGAAGAAAACAGUCUCUGGCCGGAAACGAUAAAUAUUGCUCAUGGAUUUUACUUUCACUACUCACUUAGGAUACAGCAGAGCGUUCAACCUUAUGAUCUAUUUAUCUUUUCAAAGGGAAAUAUAUGGCUUGGAUAAUCCCUUCUCUUUCUAUAAUAGAAAAGUCUUUUACAGUCGGGGCUGUGAAAUGAAAUGUGAAAAAAUAUACAUUUAAAGUUUUUAACUUCACAAUGAAGCAAGGAAUAAAAGCCUCAGGAAUCCUAUAUGGGAUGCUGGACAACAAGAAAGCAAGGGAAAACAGAGAAUUUUUAUAAUUCUUUCCUUAGGUCUGUGGGUAUAGUUUUUCAGUUAGAUGGGCAAGAGUUACUUUCUGGUAACCCGUUAAACCCACGUAAUUACCCUCCAGACCUACCCCCUUGAUUAUCUGGGUCGCAGAUUAAACGUCUUAAGCAACUCUUGAGUAUGGUUUCAUCAUGCAUCUGGGGUCCAAAGAAGAAAAGUAUUAAGGCAAGGGGCAAAAGCAAGUGAGAUCUUGUUUCACUAAUUCAAGUAAUUAACUUAAUGAACUAUAUAUAGAAAAUCAUUACCUAUGGACACAUUUCUAACCAAUAAAAUGGGUUUCAGAAA